ACGUUAAAAGUUUAAAAAAAAAAAAAAAAAAAAUAUAUAAUAAAUAAAAAAGAAUAAACUACAAUACCCAGUGCGGUACUUAUAUAAACGGUCACAGUGAUAUGUAAAUGUUCUCGGCCAAAAAUAAGGCAAAUUUAUAAAAAAAAAAAAAAACACAGUGCAAUUCACCGCUGCUCAUUCGCAGUUCGUCGCCCUCGUGUAUAUAUCACUGUCCGCUGUCACAGUUCUCGCAGUUACUGCCAUACUCGCCGCUGCUCUCAUCACUGUAACCGUCGCUGCUACUCUGGUCACUGCUGCUGCCGUCAUCGCCCGCUGUCGCUGCAAUCCCUACCGCUGGUUCUGUCGCCGCCAGGAAUGACCUGCACCUGCAUCCUUUGCAAAAGGAAAGUCAAGGCUUGCAAUAAGCCUAUACAGGUUCAUUGGACGCCGAGGAAUGCCGCGGAAAAUAUACAGCGACAACGCCACCAACUUCGUCGGCGCCGAUCGCAAGCUUCGCGAGCUGAGGGAUGCUUUCGAGGCCCAACAACCGGAAGUACAGAAAUACGCAACGGACGAAGGAUUCACCUUCGCCUUUAUACCACCCAGGGCACCGCACUUCGGCGGGUUAUGGGAGGCGGCAGUGAAGUCCGCCAAACACCUUCUCGUGCGCGCAAUCGGCAACGCGCUGCUCACCGCCGAAGAACUACAGACGCUGCUCGUCGAGGUCGAGGCCGUACUCAACUCGCGACCCCUGGUACCACUGAGUCAGGACCCGAACGAUGGAGAGGCCCUAACACCAGCGCACCUAUUAGUUGGGUGCCCCCUUCGAGCGCUGCCACCAGCUCAAGUAUCGAUGGACCCAAUGCGUUGCUGCGACAGAUGGCAACUUGUCUGUUGUCUCAAGCAACAGUUUUGGCGACUGUGGUCCAGGAACUACCUGUUGGGUCUUCAACAGAGGAACAAGUGGUUGCAUCCGAAACGCAACCUCGAGCUGAACGACCUCGUCCUGGUUCAGGAAGACAACACACCACCGCAGCAAUGGGUGCUCGGCCGCGUCGCCGCAAUCGUAACAGGGCAAGACGGCAAAGUCCGCGUAGCAGACGUGGCAACCAAAGCGGGCGUAAUUAAACGCCCCGUUCACAAGCUCGCCGUACUGCCAUCAGACGUUGAAGGACCAUGAGCCUUUCAAGGUGGCCGGUGUUACGCCAAAUGGCUUAGAAUUUUAAUUUUUAAUUUAAUUUUAUAUAUUUAAUUUAAUUUUAAUCAUUAUUAUAAUAAUUUGUUAAAUUCCAUAAUUUCUCAUAACGUUUCAAUAUUAAGCUUACUGUUUUCUAAAAUACUGUUCAAUUUUCGUAUAUGAAUUUAAAAAUAUCACUAUAUAUGUAUAAACACCUAUAUUACAUAAACGUAACAGAGCAAUACAUAUUUACUGUAAUUACAUAAAUUUGAACUCAAUCCGUUAGGCUAAGACACUAUAAAAACUCGAAUUUAGAAAUAAAUAAAUCACUUGUGAAGUUACCACCGAA